GGGAAAAGUUCCAAGACGCUUGUUUAUUUCAGAAUUGCAAGCAUACGGACGGCCAGGACGUGGAAAAUCAUGCCCGAGUACAUGUUGUGCAGGAUCUGUUUGACAGAGGACAUCAACUCGGAGGCGAUGGCGCCCCUGUUCGAUGACAGCGACGCCCAGUGCCGGGAGCUGGUGCGCAAGAUUGAGGAAGUGGGCAGCAUUAAGCUGGUGCCACUGCAGAACAUCCCGAGCAUGCUGUGCUUCAACUGCGUAGAGCGGCUGACCAGUGCCCACAAGUUCCGGGAGCUUUGCCAGGAGAGCGAGCGAACAUUUGCCACCAAUGUAGUCAAGGCCGAGAUGAAGUCGGAGCCAACGGACGAGGUUCCUCACAUAGUGGCGGACCACAUCGAGUACAUCUACGAAUCAGCCAACGACUUCAUCGAUGGUGUCGAGGAAGACAUCGAAAUGGAUAACAUAAUGGAGGAGCGCCUGGAUGAUGGGGUUGCGGAAACGACUCAGGCCUACGAGAUCAGUACUGUGGUGGACGACCUGGACGAGAAUGACCUGCUGGUGCCGAAUAGCACCGAUAGCGAUUACCAGCCCAGCGAACGCUGCCGCAAAACUAAGGUGCGAAAGACACGGAUGACUAGACGAGGACGUGGCCGUCCCCGUGGUGCUAGCUCCAGACACUCACGCAGUUUUAGCGAGGAGCGAGCGCCAGUUCAAUCUAGCUGCAAAUCCUCUCCCGAGGAGUCCUCCACAAACAUUAUGUGCGAGAUCUGCGGUAAUAUCUACUCCAAGCGAGCUGCUCUCAACAUUCAUAUGCGUCGUCAUAUGGCCGAAAAACCAUUUGAAUGCGAAAUAUGCGGUAAAACCUUUGCGGGUCCAUCCGAGCUAAAUCGCCAUAUCCGAGUGCACACGGGCGAGAAACCGUUCAUGUGUAAAUACUGCAACCGCUCGUUUGCAGAUCGCAGCUCCAAUAUUCGGCAUGAAAGAACCCACACAAACGAGCGACCUUUUACUUGCUCCACCUGCGGCAAGGCCUUCUCCUACUCCAACGUGCUAAAAAACCACAUGCUCACCCACACGGGCGAGAAGCCUUUUCUUUGUCGACCGUGCAAUAAGACCUUUUCCCGCAAGCACCAGUUGGAGCAGCAUAUCGGCACGAUGACCCACCAACAGACUGUAAGGAACCACCAGAAUAACGAACCGAUGCGGCACUCAGAGAUCUAUUAGUCUCAACUCAUGCAAUACAAUUUUUGGUAGAUAAUUCUUUAAUUUAAAUUAAAAUAUAUGUAUAUUGUAAAAUAAAAAGAGUACAAAUGGUCCGACCGGAUGUGUGACAUUA